AUGGUUGUAGGUACUGCAAGUUUGGGUGUUAACAGUUUUACGUGUAAGUACUGUGUCCGUACUGCUAGUGUGAGUAUUAAGGGUGUACGUACUACGAGUGUAAGUGCGAGUCUGAGUAUUAACAGUGUGAGUACUGAGAGUACUACAAGUAUCAGUACGACGAGUGUGAGUCUGGGUAUUAUCACUCUGAGUACUGCUAGUGUGAGUACUACAAGAGUGAAUAAUACGGGUGUAGGUACUACGAGUGUAAGUACUACGAGUGUAAGUACUCCUAGUGUAAGUACUCCUAGUGUAAGUACUACAAGUGUAAGUACUACAAGUGUAAGUACUCCUAGUGUAAGUACUACAAGUGUAAGUACUACAAGUGUAAGUAUUCCUAGUGUAAGUACUACACGUGUAAGUACUACAAGUGUAAGUAUUCCUAGUGUCAGCACUACAAGUGUAAGUACUACAAGUGUAAGUACUACAAGUGUAAGUACUAAAAGUGUAAGUACUACAAGUGUAAGUACUACAAGUGUAAGUACUCCUAGUGUAAGUACUACAAGUGUAAGUACUACAAGUGUAAGUACUCCUAGUGUAAGUACUCCUAGUGUAAGUACUACAAGUGUAAGUUCUACAAGUGUAAGUACUACAAGUGUAAGUACUACAAGUGUAAGUACUACAAGUGUAAGUACUACAAGUGUAAGUACUAAAAGUGUAAGUACUACAAGUGUAAGUACUACAAGUGUAAGUACUACAAGUGUAAGUACUACAAGUGUAAGUACUACAAGUGUAAGUACUACAAGUGUAAGUACUACAAGUGUAAGUACUAAAAGUGUAAGUACUACAAGUGUAAGUACUCCUAGUGUAAGUUCUACAAGUGUAAGUACUACAAGUGUAAGUACUACAAGUGUAAGUACUACAAGUGUAAGUACUAAAAGUGUAAGUACUACAAGUGUAAGUACUACAAGUGUAAGUACUCCUAGUGUAAGUACUACAAGUGUAAGUACUACAAGUGUAAGUACUCCUAGUGUAAGUACUCCUAGUGUAAGUACUACAAGUGUAAGUACUACAAGUGUAAGUAUUCCUAGUGUCAGCACUACAAGUGUAAGUACUACAAGUGUAAGUACUACAAGUGUAAGUACUACAAGUGUAAGUACUACAAGUUCAAUCUUGCACCACAACCUACGAAGGAUUCAGCCACCUUUACCACCACCACACCGAGACAUGUUCCAGUCUUCUUCUCCCAAGUUUGACCUCCAGACUUCUCCAGUUCUGACAGCACCAUCACAAAUCUGA